CACACACACACACACACACACACACCAUGACGAUCCUCCCGAAGAAGAAGCCCAGCUCCGGGGUCGGAGUCUCGGACCACACCGAUGACAGCGACCGCCGGAGCGGCUCCGACCCUCACCAGCACCCACACGCGGGACGGACCGGAGCCCGGCCGAGGGCGUCCCCUCCGCCGUGGUCCUACCAGCCCGCUCCGCCCUCCUCCGCUCGGGACGACCGGCGGAGCAUCGAGGCGAGCUCCCGGCCGCAGCAGGCCUCUCCGCCGCCCGUUGGCUCCGCGUCCCCGGUAGGAGGGCCGCCUGGCGACGGGCGGGACGGCGUUGGUGGAGGGACGGCGGGGCCCGGGACCCGCGGGGAGCUCGUCGCGUCGGCCGGCGGCGUUGUGAUCGGCGGCUGCGGCGGAGGCGGCUGCUGCUCCGGGCCCGGACUGAGCAAGAGGCGGCGGCAGGCAGGCAGCUGCUCCGGAGGGGGGGUGGUGGCGGCGGCGGCGCUGACCGGGGGAGGCCAGCCCGGGGGCAACGGACCCGGAGGCUCCAGCCAGGACCCGGAGGAGGCAGCCGGGAACAACAGCGAGGACGAGUACGAGAACGCGGCCCGGCUGCAGUCGAUGGACCCGGCCACCAUAGAACAGCAGGAGCACUGGUUUGAAAAAGCUCUGGGGGAAAAGAAAGGUUUCGUCAUCAAGAAGAUGAAGGAGGACGGAGCGUGUCUGUUCAGAGCCGUGGCUGACCAGGUGUACGGGGAUCAGGACAUGCAUGAAGUGGUCAGGAAACACUGUAUGGACUACCUGAUGAAGAACGCAGACUAUUUCUCAAAUUACGUGACGGAGGACUUCACCACAUACAUCAACAGGAAGAGGAAAAACAAUUGCCACGGAAACCACAUCGAGAUGCAGGCGAUGGCCGAGAUGUACAACCGACCGGUGGAAGUGUACCAGUACAGUACAGGUGAGCCAGAGCCAAUCAACACAUUCCACGGCAUCCACCAGAACAACGAUGAGCCAAUCAGAGUGAGCUACCAUCGCAACAUCCACUACAACUCGGUGGUGAACCCCAACAAGGCCACGAUCGGGGUUGGACUGGGACUGCCCGCCUUCAAACCCGGGUACGCGGAGCAGACGCUGAUGAAGUCGGCCAUCAAGACGUCGGAGGAGUCGUGGAUUGAGCAGCAGAUGCUGGAGGACAAGAAGAGAGCGACGGACUGGGAGGCCACCAACGAGGCCAUCGAGGAGCAGGUGGCCCGGGAGAGCUACCUGCAGUGGCUCCACGACCAGGAGAAGCAGGCCCGCCAGCCCCGCAAAGCGACCGCCACCUGCAGCUCGGCGACGGCGGCGGCCUCCAGCGGACCGGACGACUGGAGCACCCGGUCGCCGCGGCAACGUGACUGCGACCCCUCCCACUCCCACGCUCACUCCGACCUCCUGACGGCCCCGUCGACCCACAACAAGCCCCCCUCCCCCGCCGGAGCCGCCAUCCUCCUGAGCAAACCCCCCUCCCCCUGUGCACCAGGGCUGACGGACUGGGAGGACGAUGAGAUCCUGGCCUCGGUGCUGGCCGUCUCCCAGCAGGAGUACCUGGACAGCAUGAAACAUCAGAGCUCCGCCUCCAUGCAUCGAGAGAGAGAGCCGUCACCCGACAGCAGCUGAUAGCACACACACACACACACACACACACACACACACUCAGACAACGAUCACCUUUGACCUCCCCCUUUGCCCCCUGCAUCUCACCUCUGACCCUCAGAAGGAGAUCGACCAGGGAAAAAAUAAAACAUCAAACAAAGAAAUGUAAACUUGUUUUUUUCUGCAGACAUUUCAACUCCUUAGUUGAUCACUCGUCCGCUUGUUUCCUUCCCUCCUUCCCUCUUUCCCUCUCUUUCUCAUCGCUCCCAUCACCCUCUCCUCCCAGCCAAUAGUGAUCCAGCAUUAUCACACCCCCCCUGCCGCCUCCCUUCUCCUUCUCCUGGUUACAACCCACAUGGGGCUUGGUCUUAAUGCUGAUUUGGGAUCAGUUGUGAUUGGAGGAUUUUAUUUUGAAAUUCACAAUCUGUUUUUAAUUUUAAUAUCUUUGCUCAGUUCAGGCUGUUAGCUCUGAGGCUAUCAGGAAUAUUGGCUAGCUCUCACCUCAAGUCUUACUGUUUUAAAGCUACUUCCCCGCUAACAGCGCUGACUGGUUAGCAUAGCUAACCUCGUAGCUCCCGCCGGCGGCCAUUUUGUGUUGGGGAAACAACUCUCUCCCUUCUUCAUCCUCCUCCUCAUCCUCCUCCAAACCACCAUCACCAUCGGACUUAUUUAGCUGCAUGUUUAAUCAAUCACGACCAAUAUCAUCGAGAAAAAGCGAGAAAAGAAAAAAAGGAUAUACAAAAUUUGAGAAUUGUCAUACUUAUCCUCUUAAUGAUUGAUUAUUAUUAUUGUUGUUAUUAUUAUUAAUAAUAUACGUUUGUUUUAUUUUAUUUUAUCAUUUGGGAUGAAAAGACCUUUUUUUCUUUUUUCUUGGAAUAAAGAGGGAAAAUGUUUCUGAAGAAAAUUG